AAAAAACUGUCCCCUUCUCCUAAUGCGAGUUCGAGUGCCCUUUGCAUCUGUCAAGACAUUCUAUAUAAUUCCUUCCCUCGACCCCCCACUUCCCAUCACAAACUCAUAUUGUUCAGUGAGAUAGACAGGUAAGAAAAGAUGACUACGAGGUUUAUUCUCUUUUUUCUGCUUGGUGCUCUUGUCUGCACCACUCAUGCUAGGAAGCUUGUGAAUCAAUUUGAGGAGGAGAAGAAUUUCUUCCAUCAUGGUGGUGUCGGUGGUGGUGGUGGUUUUGGUGGUGGAGGCGGUGGUGGUUUUGGUGGAGGUGCUGGUGCCGGUGGUGGAGCUGGAUUUGGUGGUGGUGCUGGUUUAGGGAGCGGUGGUGGACUUGGUGGUGGUGGCGGUGGAGGGUUCGGUGGUGGAGGUGGUGGUGGGCUUGGUGGUGGUGCUGGGGGAGGAUUUGGAGGUGGUGCUGGUGGAGGUGCUGGGGAUGGAGCUGGACUUGGAGGAGGUGCUGGUGGUGGUGGAGGCUUUGGUGGUGGUGGUGGUGCAGGUGGUGGACUUGGGGGUGGUGCAGGAGCUGGGUUUGGUGGUGGAGCUGGCGGAGGACUUGGAGGUGGACUUCCUUGAGCAAAAACAAAGCUGGCUUCCUGACGUUACAAUAGAAAUGUUUCUCUCUCUAUCUCUAAAUUUCUAAAAAUGACUCUAUUUACGUUCUUCUAUCGUUCUGUGUGGUAACAAUGGUGUUCUUAGAUGUGGUUUGUAUGACUUUUCCAUCGUUUGAUUUAUUAGUAAUGUACUCCAAAGUUGUGUCCAUCUAAUUGAAAACUUUCGCUUGAUAAGAAA